AGUAUCUGCUUACUUUCCCUUUUUCCUGCUUCUGACUGCUUUCACAGAACAGUAAACGCUCAUAUAUGUUUUGAAAUAUGUUAUUUCAGUGUCUCUCCAACAUUUAAAAGCUAAAAUGUAUUCCACUCUGUAUAACUUGGUGUAGCUUAGCCCCAAAAGUUUGAAAAACAGGGGGGAAGCAUUCAAAAAUCCUCACUUACAAUCUGACUACAGCAAAGAUGGUAGUAAAGGUAAAGCUCUUUAAGCUGAUUCAUCAAGUUGACUGGGGACAUGUCCAGGUGACCAGUGCGGGGGAAAUAGUGAGACUUGCUUCAAAGGUCUUUGGGGGACACGAUGGGUUCUAUGUGGACAUUUCAUGCAGGAGCAGUUCCCUCCAUUUUUGUCUGUUCUGCUCUGAUAACAGCGCGUGCAUCCUAUAGAUCUGCUGCAGCUCGGUUUCCUCGCCACGUGUCGCCUCUGCAGCUUUAGAUUGUGUUACGUAAUCGGUGUUACAUGUAAUCUUCCUGUACGUAUGUGUGCGGGGUCGAUCCACCAGAGAGCAAUCUCUACACUCGGCUCUCUGAAGUCGCAGACUGUAUGUAGCUCAUCUCGUGGGCACGAUGCUGCAGGAAGCCUUUUAAUGGAGCUGUUACAUAAGCUGUGGAUAGGAUGCAUUAAAGCUACCCUGCUUUAUGUCGCCAUGUAAAUGUUCUUCUUCAUUUGUUAAUUUCAUGUUGUUUCCCCUUCCUGCACUUAUUUGGCUUGUUUCUCUCAGCUGUGUGUGUCAUUUUUGUUUUCCUUUGCCUCUCUUUGCAUGCGGGUCUUUCCCCACCCACUGUGGGCGGGGUUUCUGGCACACAGCUCCACCCUCCCCGCAUGCCUAAAGAGCAAGCCGCCCCACAGGCAGGAGGGGGGCAGCGCCUUGCCUCGUAGCAUCCUCACACACCGUGUGCUCAGGUUCACUGAUGAGGUCACGGUUAGCGACCUGCAGCCGUCGUUGGACAGAGUGAGGAGCGCCAGCACCACGUGUCUGAGACCAGACUUUCACUCUACUGACAGAGACAGGUGUUCCAACUCUUUGCCCCGAACGACUCCCCCAAGCCCCAGGAUCUUAGUAGAACACGUGGCCCCUGAGGAAGACAGGUACACCGGGUCCACCCCCCUGUGCCGACCCCCGACACGCUGCGGUUCUGCUUGCCUGCUCAUACGUCCCUGAACUCUCACUUGAAAGCCUUUCCUGUAGCCUGAAGCUUGUCCUGUAGUAAUAUGUACACCGUAGAUCUCGUGAUCAGCACCGCUUCCAACCCUUUUCCUGUAAAUAUUUGUUGUCUAAGGCUGUCUAAUCUCUCCUUUGUUGUGCUGCACCUGCUUCUCUCUUCUGAAUUUCUUCACUUCUCUGGCUUGAAAGCACUUUUGCAGCUAUGCAACUUCCAUAAACCGAUAGAAAGACUGAGUUUGAACCCUUUUAUAGUAUUUCUUGCCCAGAGCUCAGUUGGGCCAUUCUCUGCAUCGCCAUUUUCCACAUCGUGUUUGUUUUUCUUCCUCUUUCUCUGUGGCCGCUGUGUGCCAACACAGGCAGUCUAACAGUUCUCCAGGUCCAAACUGUCCAAAGGGCAGCAGAAAAAGCCUGGAGGGGGACAGGUAAGAUCAUUCAUUCAUUCAUUUACCUGUGUUUCCACCUCAUAAUCCCUUCCUUUUUCUCCAGAGGGAUCAUAUUUAACCAUCUGUACCUUUUGGUCAUGUGUGGAAUUUUUUUUCUUGUUCAGGUCUAAGAAAUCCUCAGAAAGACCUUAGAUAUAAACACAUGAAUCCAUAUUUGUGACUUGUUUUGUACAGUAAAUG